AGCUUUUUUCUCGCAGCGCGCGGGCGGUUCCGCCGCGCGCGUCGCUUUUGCGAUGGCGGAGCGGUACACCGCGCCCGCGAAGGGGGAUGGAGACCUGGAGGAGCGGGUGGCGCAGCUGGAGGCCAAGCUCAAGUCUCUGACCCUCGCCUUGGGCGCCGAACUCCAAGACCGGCCGGAGGCGAAUGGCAACGAAGAGACGGAGGCGAAGGCGACGAUGGACCCCAGCCACACCGUGCUGACCUUGAACUCCUUGGCCUCCAGGGCCUCCGCGGCCUCCCAACAGGAGUCCCAUGUGGAGGACGACUUCCAACUGAUGAUGAGCGUCUGGGACGCCGUGAUCUGCGCCUCGAUGGGCAGCUCCUCAGCGCCGGGCUGGGAGGUCGGACGGGCGGACCAGGUGCUGGUGUUCCUGCUCUUCUGCUUCAACAUCACCAUGCAGACGGUCUUCAUUUUGGGCAUCGCCACCACGAUGAAUGGGAACCCGUACGUCGGCGCCUCCAUCCCCACGAUGAAGUACCAGCGCCUCUUCGACGGCCAUGAUUACAACCAGAUGGACCGAUCCACCAUGCAGAGCCGAGUGCAGAAAGUCUGCACCGGCACUUGGCACAACCGCUUAUCUGCCACCUCCACCAACACCUUCCAAUAUUUGCAGAUGGAUGGCAGUGGUGUGCCGGGGCAGUUCAUCAGCUUGGUGGCCAUGACGAUUUGGGUCCUCUCCAUGGGCAAGGAGAUCCGGGCCACCCUGGACCAGCUCGCGGCCCUGAUCAUGCUGCCGAACAACUCGCAAGCGCGCAAGUCGCAGGUGAUUAGCAAGGAAGAGGAAGAGGUUGGCGACACGACAGCUGGAGUGAUCACGGAUGAGGGGGGCUAUGUGAUCCGCGUCAUGCGCCUGCCCCACAAAGUUGCCCUGGUCUUGUUCGUCUACAUUCCGCGCUUGGCGAUCGCCUUCACCGUGCUUUGGGUUGGCACCAUGUACUUGGCGGACACAGCGGUGGUCAGUGAUCUGAUCCUGAAUGCUUGCGCGCUGGAGAUUGUGCACUCGGUGGACGAGCUUGUCUUCGAGUCGGUCGCCAGCCGUAAGCUUCACCAAAUGGUGGAAAAGACUCGGAUCCGGUACGUCCGCGGGCGCAGCCUCAUCUCCGCCCUACUGGGCCCUGAGAAUGCGAACGACAAGCAGGGAGUCGAGAGCAAGAGCCAGCUGUUGAUGAGCGCUCGGUUGGGCAUGCUUCUGGUGGUGCUCGUAAUUGCCUACGUGUCUCACUUGAUGCCCUUGGUCAACAUGGCGGAAGAGGCCUACAAGUCCAUUUGCGGCCACGAGGUGGACUUCGCCUACGUCACCCACCCCGCCGCCGGGCUGCCGGUCUUCGCCGCCAUCCAGUCGGACUCCAGCAACGAGGUGGCCACCUGCUACUACGCCGCGCAGUACGAGGUGCUCUCCAUCAGGGUGGGCUUUGACCCAGUGCACUUCCCAAGGAACGAGACAUUGAGUCAGCUAGUGAACGGCACCCACACUCUGUGCAACGACACCGAGUCGUUUUCGUGCCCCAACUUCCACCUGGCCACCCUGAGUAAGCUCAAGGCCGUGUCUGCGGAGAUCUACGACAACCCGGACCUCUGUACCGAUCAAGACGUUCUCCUGCAAGUCUUGCGGAGUACCUGUUUGAGUCCGGAUUUCAUCAACGUGGGGGUGAACCCUCAGUUCGAACCGAUUUUUUCCUGCUCCGAUCUGGCGCCGCACUGCCUCUGCAACAACGCGACUUGCGUGGAGGAGGACUUUGAGAUUGCGAAUGCCAAUCCUUUCGGCUGGGUCUGGGUGGAUUUGCUCUCGGGCAUUUGCCCCGAGACCUGUAAAAGAUGCAAGCCUCCGCUACUGCCACUGCCACGCUAGCUGGAGUCAACGUUUAACAUUUGGGCGGGUCUUCGGAGAUCCCCCCUCAAAUUGAGUGGUUCUCCUUUUG